GUUGCAGCGACACACUUUGACCAUUAGUAUACACUAUAGGCUCGGGCAUGGAACCGACUGGUGAUUGACACCGGCUGUAUCCAAUGAGAUUGCGCCUUUCUGAGCAGAGAGCCUGUUUAUGCAGUCGCUUCCUGAUGAUGUCACUGGUGAGGAAGCCGUGAAUUGUGCCAGUGAGUCCCUCCUGUUCCCCUGUAGCAACUGGUCGCAUCAUUUGGUGAGAUUUGCAGGGCCCCCCCUUUCCCAGGUAUGCGGUGGGGGGAUGCCGCGGUGGACGGUGCAUCUAGAGGGGGGUCCACGAAGAGUGAAUCAUGCUGCAGUCGCUGUGGGAGUCGGGGUCUUCUCCUUCGGUGGUUACUGCUCUGGGGAGGACUACGAGACCCUCAGGCAAAUCGAUGUACAUGUGUUCAACACAGUGUCGCUGCGCUGGCGGAAACUCCCCCCCUCGUCCUGUGCUCCGUCCAACGUCCCCUACAUGCGAUACGGACACACGGCGGUUCUGAUCGAUGACAUCAUCUAUAUCUGGGGGGGGCGCAAUGACACCGAGGGGGCUUGUAAUGUCCUCUACACCUUCCACACAGGGACCCACCAGUGGGCAACUCCCCGCGUGACUGGGCAGAUCCCCGGGGCCCGAGACGGACACUCCGCCUGUGUCUAUGAGAGGACGAUGUACAUAUUCGGGGGAUAUGAGCAGCUGGCCGACUGUUUCUCCAAUGAGAUCCAUAAACUGGACACCAGAACCAUGAACUGGGCCUUAGUGAGAGCCAAGGGCAGCGCCGCCCGCUGGAGAGACUUUCACUCGGCCACAGUAAUCGGCAGCCGGAUGUUUGUGUUUGGGGGCCGGGCCGACCGGGCGGGGCCCUUCCACUCCAACAACGAGAUUUACUGCAAUCAGAUCCGCGUGUUCGACCUCCAGAUUGAGACUUGGCUGGACCCCCCCAAAAGCACCAACCCCCCCGAAGGGAGGCGGAGCCACUCAGCCUUUCCGUACCAGGGGGGGCUCUACGUGUUCGGCGGAUACAACGCUCGACUCAAUCGCCACUUUCAGGACCUUUGGAAAUUCACACCAGAGUCCGGCCAAUGGCAGCGAGUGGAAGUGCAGGGCAAAGGCCCGUGUGCGAGGCGCAGGCAGUGCUGCUGUGUGCUGGGGGACAAGAUCCUUCUCUUUGGGGGCACUAGCCCUUCCCAGGAUCAGGACCUGCAGGACGAGUUCUACUUGAUGGAUCAUUCGGACCUGUACAUUCUGGACUUCAGUCCCAGUCUGAAGACGCUGUGCAAAUUAGCCGUGUUGCACUACAAUCUCGACCAAUCGUGUUUGCCCCAUGACAUCAGGUGGGAGCUCUCGGCAAUGACAACAAACAGUAAUAUCAGCCGGCCCCUGCUCUCCUCCCACGGAUAGAACUGCCCCCAGUCACAUGAUCUUCUCUACUUCUGCCAGAUUGGACAGUAAUCUCUCGGUCUGACCUAUCACACGCAACAAUGUCUUUAGCCCACAAAUAUGCACCGCCAUGGUCUGCGCACCCCGAGAUCUGCUACAACACAAGCACCAACAGGGGUACAGCUCGGGCCCUAACAAACUAUUCAAUACGACACAGGGGCCCCGACUGAGAACUUGGCUCCUCGUGUCCCUAAUCCCACGGCGCUCACCGACUGAUGGAUGUACAACCCCCAGCCAAUCGGAAGCAGCGCAGAAGGGAAACAAGAUGGCACCCCCUUUGUUCUGCACAGGAGCAACAUACAGCGCUCACUUGUACCCCAAUACUGACUCCUCUGCCAACAUGUGCACCCCCCUCUGUAACUCACUCACGUGUCAAUAAAUUGUCAGACUGGCA